UGGGAAGGACUGUGUCCGGGAAAGGAGGAGCAGACCCUUGGGUGUGGCCCCGGAAGGCCGAAGGGGCGGCCGAAGGGGCGGCCGAAGGGGCGGCCGAAGGGGCGGCCGAAGGGGGACCCGGAGCGCUUAAUAAGUGACAGAAAGACCACAUAAACAAAUGCAUCUGUAAACACACGGAUCCGGCGCCGGCUUUAUCCGGAAGGCAUCCUCCGUGAAGCUUCCGAGCCGAGAGGACUCGUCGUGCCCCCGAUCCCAGCGCUCUUCCGAGGAGGGACCGGACGGCAGGAUCGCGAGGAUGACUGAGGCCGAAGUGAACCCCAAAGCUUACCCGUUGGCAGAUGCCCAGCUCACCAAAAAGCUGCUGGACCUGGUACAGCAGUCCUGUAACUACAAGCAACUGCGGAAGGGCGCCAACGAAGCCACCAAAACCCUCAACAGAGGCAUCUCAGAGUUCAUCGUGAUGGCUGCCGAUGCCGAGCCCCUGGAGAUCAUCCUCCACCUUCCGCUGCUGUGUGAAGACAAGAACGUCCCCUACGUGUUCGUGCGCUCCAAGCAGGCACUGGGGCGGGCUUGUGGCGUCUCCCGGCCAGUCAUCGCGUGCUCUGUCACCAUCAAAGAAGGCUCCCAGCUGAAGCCUCAGAUUCAGUCCGUCCAGCAGUCAAUCGAGAGACUCUUAGUCUAGGCCCGCACCUGCGGCUCAGGUGUCUCUAGGAUCCUACCUGGGAGGGCCGUGUGGUUUGUGGGUGAAGGAUGGUGGGCAGAGACUGUUCUCAGGUGACUUUCAAUGUUAAACAUUUUUAUUGCUGUUA